AUGGUCUACAACCACACCUACACGCCGUCCGCGCCCAUCGGCACCACGACGCUCGGGCACGGCGUCGACCCGGACGACUACUCGACCUUGGACGACUACCAACUGCCCAUGCGCCGCCGCCUCGAAGACGGGGAGAGCCUCGGCGUGCUCGGCCUGGGCUCGGGCGACUUGAACUUGUUCGAGCGCGCGGGCUUCGUCGUGCCGUUCGACUGGGAGUGCCAGACCGGCACGAGCGGCGGCGUGUACCCGUGCCCGAACGGGAUUCCUUCGACGUGCCGCGCGAACACGGGCGGCGUGUCGUCG